AUGGGCCGCGACUUGAGUCGCAUCCCCACCCGCAUCAAGAGACGACUGAACAAAUAUGGUAGAACGGCCAUGGACGAAGGUAAUGCGCCGAAUUCCGUUGAUGAGCAUCGUGCGCCGACGAAUCAAGUCCAGGGAGAGUCAACAAGCCAACUGACGUCCGAAUCCUCAAACCAACCAACGCCUGAGUUGACGGAGGAGGUGCUUGAACAAUCUGAGUCUGGUUCUAAAGGCCAAGAUGCUUCUAACCCCCUUGCCGUCGCUUCGACCGAUGCAAAUGUGCAGUCUUCAAAUCCAGACCCCAAGAGCUCCGAUGCUAGCUCGAGGCGCAGUCUAUGGCAACAGGUGUAUGAAAAACUGUGCACAGAAGAGGACUUUGGGAGUAAACUGCUCCAGUAUGAGAAAUACGUCCUUGCCCACGCGAAGGUUUCUGCGAGUGCCGGGACAGGAAUCGAACAAACACCACCUGCUUCAUACCUCGAAAAAGCCAAAGCCAAUCAGAGCCUUCUUCAGGAAUGGGUCAGAAAAGAGCUUGAAAACCUUUUGGAGCAACGAAUCGUCAUUUUCAGACAGGGGAAACAAGUUGUUGAUAGAGACAAGAUUUACGGAGUCAUCAAAUUCAUUGUCAAGUACAAAGACCUUGUCAAAGCUGGCGUGUCCGCGGACCCGACAGCUGUUUUGGCCUGGGGUGGUGCUAUGGCGAUAAUACCGUUUCUCCAAAACGUGUUCCAGCAAGAUGAAGAUGCAGCCACUGGAUUCGAGGAUAUUUGCUUCCUUAUCCUGCAGAGCAACGUGGUUGAGCACAGACUGAACGAGCUGCGCCAAAGUGAACAGUGCGUAUCCUCUUCCCAGUCUACAGAAAUACAGUUCACUUACCGCGUAUUAGACACGACUCAACGACCUCCUCUCUUAUAG